GGCAAGAAAAAGCAUUGUUUGAAUCCACGUCGACAUCAAAUAUGAGCUUAUGGGUGCGCAUUGCGCCCCCAAUUAACGUUCGUCUUCUUAAAGGGAAGAAAAAGAGAGAGAGACAAACCAAAAUCCAACAGAGUGACAUUACAGAGGGAGAGGGAAACAAAGGUGGAGAAUAAAAAAAUAAUAAUAAUAAAAAGGCUCUUUUUCUUGCCUUUUUCCAUUUUCUUGCUAUUUUCCUUUCAGGCAAAAGAAAGCUCUCUCAUUUCUCCUCGUAAAAAAAGUUUUUUUUUUUUUGUGUGUGGCUUUUUCUUGGUUAUUUAUGCGCUGGGGCGUUUUUGUCUUUGACGGUGUGUGAUCAUGGGGGACACGGAGAGUUGCAGUAGCAGAGCCGUUGAUAUGUCGUCGUCGACUCAGAAUCGGAAGCACAAACAGAAAGUUCAUAUUUACAAUGUUGUUCUUCGUCGACUCAUGGCCUUGAACGUCGCCGACUCCAGAAUUCCUGGUUUCGAGGAUGAUCUCUGGGCUCAUUUUUAUCGCCUCCCUACUCGGUACGCACUGGAUGUGAAUGUGGAGAGGGCACAAGAUGUUCUUAUGCACAAAAGACUGCUUCAGAUGGCACAUGACCCUGCUACUAGACCUGCAGUUGAAGUCCGUCCCGUGCAGGUUCAUUUGACUUCAGGUCCCGAUUCACAAAGAAAAGUGGGAGUGUGGUCCCCUUAUGCUAGCAAACAAAGCGUUCAUCCACCACCAGCUUUCGAUUUGUCACCUGACCUCAAACUUGCUCUUGAAGCCAACCAGUUGUGCCUUCAUAAUUGGGAUCAUACUGUGAAUUCCAGUCACUUGCAUUCCCGGCCAAUGCAUGAGAUUACAAUUUCAACAAAUGACAAGCCGAAACUUUUUAGUCAGUUAACAUCCUUACUGUCUGAGAUUGGCUUGAACAUUCAAGAAGCACAUGCUUUUUCUACGAUAGAUGGCUACUCUCUAGAUGUUUUUCUUGUUGAUGGCUGGACACUUGAGGAAACAGAGCAGCUUAAAGUUGCACUAGCAAAAGCAAUAUCAAGGAUUGAGAAGCAUCCUGGGUCAAAAUAUUUGAUUUCUCCAGCAGGCGAGCAAGAGGUUGAAGUUAAGUCGAUCCUUAAUCAUGUACACAUCCCAAAUGAUGUUUUUGACAGCAGGGAUAUUGAUUUGCGCUUGUUGAAAUUUGAAAAGAAAAUCGCUUCUGGAUCCAUUGGAGAUUUGUACAAAGGUACUUUAUAUAAUCAAGAUGUGGCUAUUAAAAUUCUGAGGGCCGAGCACCUAAAUGAAACUAUACUCCGGGAAUUUGCGCAAGAAGUGGAUAUCAUGAGGAAGCUUCAGCACAAGAAUGUACUCCAAUUCAUUGGGGCAUGCACCAGACCUCCAAACCCGUGCAUUGUAACUGAAUUUAUGUUUGGUGGAAGCGUAUAUGACUUUCUGAAACAAAAUGGUGUUCCACUUCAGUACUUGCUUAGAGUAGCAAUUGAUGUUUCCAAGGGAAUGAACUACUUACACCGAAACAACAUAAUACAUAGAGACCUCAAAGCUGCAAACCUUUUGAUGGAUGAAAAUGGAGUUGUUAAGGUUUCUGAUUUCGGUGUUGCUAGAGUGCAAGCUGAAUCUGGUGUGAUGACUGCAGAAACUGGAACUUAUCGUUGGAUGGCCCCAGAGGUCAUUGAACACAAACCUUAUGAUCACAAAGCGGAUGUUUUUAGCUUUGGAAUCGUGCUGUGGGAGCUGGUAACGGGAAAGCUCCCCUACGAGGAUUUGACCCCAAUGCAAGCAGCCGUCGGUGUGGUGCACAAGGGCCUGAGGCCUACGAUUCCGGCGCAUACUGAUCCAAUGUUGGCGGAACUUAUCGAAAAGUGCUGGCAACAGGAGCCAUCUUUGAGACCUCAAUUCUCAGAAAUUCUUGAAACUUUGCAGCUUAUGUCCAAAAGGGUUACGGACAAAAGAAUGGGGAAGCAGAGGAGAAGUCAUCACGAAUAGCACCAGCUUUUAUGCAUGCCUGAAACCCGAACAUCAACUGUUCAUGAUACGUCUUGUAAUGAUAUUUGUCCAGGAUUCAUUUUCAAUUAAUUACAAGUUGUUUUCUAGUCCUGUGUAUGUUAACGACCCAGAGAGGAUUCAUGAAAAUCCAGAUUUUGGAGCUUGACUAACUAUAUCAGGAUUAGCUUUAAGCAGAGAAACAAUUAAAAAAAAUAAACAAAAAAGCAUACGAACAAAAAA